GCGAAUUGUAUCAACACUGACGGCUCUCACAAGUGCACUUGUAAGGAAGGAUACACUGGGGACGGACAGUCAUGCCAAGACAUUGACGAGUGUAGUGAGGUUUAUGGCGUCAAAAUGAACGACUGCCAUCUAAAUGCCUCUUGCGUUAAUACCCAAGGCUCAUACAACUGCUCUUGCAAUCCUACCUAUAUUGGGAAUGGUUCUAUAUGUGAAGCUGAUCCAUGUUAUAAUUACCACAACCCAAGUGGUGCCAACAGAAAAAGCAGUUACAAUACACCGCUCGUUGAUCCAGUAUUUUGUGACGACCAACUCCUUGUGGGAUGGUAUCGUUUUGUGGGAGCUGUAGGAACUAAAAUGCCAACAACGCGUGUGCCAGCAUACAGAUGUGGUGCAGACUGGUCAGGCUGGUUGGAUGGUGCUCAUCCUACAGUGGAUGAUGAUGAAGUUUCCAGGAGGGUCUGCUUUAGCGAUCGUUCUACAGGUUGCAAAUCUUUAAUUAACAUUUUAGUUAAAAAUUGUGGAUCAUUUUUUAUUUACAAACUUGCUCAGCCCCCUAUUUGUUCUUCCCGCUACUGUGGCACGGACUAA